GCGACCCACGCGGCCGACAAGGAGCACCUUUGACUUCUGGCCUCUUCAUCACAGACUUCCGCGCUCGAUCAACCAGGUUUUCACCUCGGCGAAGUGCUGGCUACUAUCUCUCACCUCUAUCACCACUGCCUCCUUCUGUGCCGGCGCGGGGAUGGGACGGCGACCACCGACUUCGCGGCUGCACACCUUCAAGGCUGAACAAUGGGCGAGAGGAAGUCGCAUGUGAAGAGCCGCAUGGGCUGCAGCCAAUGCAAGGCGCGGAGGGUCAAGUGUGACGAAAAACACCCCGCCUGUGGCAAUUGCAGACGACGGCAAGAGCCUUGCUCUUACAGAAACCCAGAGCCCAGCGUCGCCUCUUCUCCGGACGCCAAUGGGACAGGAUUUGCCAAUGGACCGACUCAAUCUCCUCAAGCUCAUAUCAAGCAGCUCGAAUUGAUGCACCAAUUCUGCACCGAUACUUACACAACCCUGGCAUUGAAGCCUCAAGGAGUGGAAGUUCAGCAAUUCGAGAUUCCUAAACUGGCAUUCCAGCACGGAUUCCUACUCGACACCGUCUUUGCCAUCACUUCUCUUCACCUUGCUUAUUUACGACCACAUGAAGCUCAAUGGCGGAUGGCAGAUGCCGCCAGAUACCAGACGCAAGCCAUAGCAGCAACGCGACAACACGUGGCCAAGCUCGAAGCUUCACAAUGCCAUGCCAUGUAUUUCUGCUCAGCUCAGUUGGGAGUCAUCGCAUUGGCCUUCCGCGCUAUUGAUGUGGAGUCUACGGAUGCUUCUACCAUGACAGGGACUUUGCACCAGUUGUCGCAAUUGUGGCGCGGAACAUGGUCGAUCUUACUCGCUUCACGAGAACUCGUGCCACCCGAGCUCUACGAUGUCCUCUUCCCAGCGCCAGAGUGGGCACCUCCGACUGGCUCCCUUACACCCACUUUGGAAGCAUUUCUGGCCACCUUGAAAGCCAAAGCGAAAUCUGAUCCAGAUGCCAAAGACGUGAUUAUACCCUCCGAUCCGAUGGUAUCGAUGGAAAACCAAGCAAGCACAGGAUGUCUCAUAGCAAUCGGGAAAUUGGAAAUCCUCUUCCAGCUUUGCGAGCCAGAACCGUCUCGCAUCCUCGCUUACCUGGUCGAAGUGCCACAGGUGUUCUGGGACUUGGUUCACCAGCGAGAUCCUCUAGCAUGUGCUAUUUUGCUCCUGUAUAGUACCACUUAUCGAGUUCUCGAGGAUCACUGGUGGUCGAAAGGUAUCCGACAUCAGCUUACUGACGAGCUGUCGCCCAUAGUGGCGUCAGGAGAUCCGGAGCUCGCAGAAAUCGCCAUCUGGGUACACAAUGCUUCUACACCCUCCAGCGCCGACUGAGACACGCACUGUCUGUUCUCUAUUGAUUCUGGCCGAUGGUUUAUCGAGCCCUCUACCGUGAAAAAUGGGGCCAGGAAGGAAAUAACACUAUCAGAAGCGAAGCUUCCACUCGCAGGACAUGUCCCGCGAAACCGAAUGCUGGCAUCAUAGCCAGGAUGUCCGACUCUGUGUUGACAACAAAGCCACAUAGCUUCCAAGUUCAAUCAAUCAGCAAGACCAAGGCAAAUUCCGUCCCGGAGUGUCUACGCAUACAUACUCUAUCACCCAAGUCCAGGAUCCAUUCCAACAGCAUGACCUGAACGGCUUCUACGAUAGCAAGAUCUUGAAUUACAGCAGGCCAGGUUUAGCGGGCGAAAUGAGGAUCUCACGAGUGAGAAGCAUUAGAGCACCUAUGAUGAACGACUCCAUCACGAUCGACGCUGGCUCGUACGAGGUUCUAUGCACAAAUAUUGAGAUACGAAUUAAUGGAGAGGAAAACAAUGCCCUCCCGAAGGAAAGGUGGAGCUAUAAAGUAGUAAUGAUACGCCCCAGGGGAAGUGCGUUCACUGAACGACCCAGAGCGUGAGGGCCCAGCUAUUUGUUAGUGUAAGAACCAAGAAGGUCGAAAGCCUUUGAUCCGCAGCACGCGUCUGUACUAUUAUGUAAACUUUACUGUUUGAACCUGCCCUCAUGAGCAAAGUCUGCACAUCAUGAUACAAUCUAUUUCCGCUAAUAACAUAC